AUGGGCUCGCGCUUGGAGAAGAAUUCCGACUCCGUGCGCAAGCGCAUCGCCAACCACGCCUUCGACGGAGAGGAUGGUGAAGAAUAUGGAGGAUCAGCAUUUGGGGGCUUCCCCGACUAUUUUAGGCGGAAGAAGAUCAAGCUUCAGAAUCUAGACGCCGACAUUCGAUCGCAGGCCGGCGACAAACCUCCCAUCUUCCGAGGAGUCGUCGCGCAUGUGAACGGCUACACACAACCGUCCCUCAAGGAUUUGCACACGCUCAUUGUCCAGUAUGGCGGUGGCUUUAUGCAGUACCUGGACGGAAAAACCACCGCGACGCAUAUCAUCGCCAGCAGCCUCACCCCGAAGAAGGUGGUUGAGUUUAGAAAGUACCGCAUCGUAAAGCCCGCGUGGGUGGUGGACAGCAUCAGCGCAGGGAAGCUGCUUCCGUGGAACGAAUAUCGCGUAGUGGAUGAAGGCGAGAAGCAGAACGUGUUGGCGUUCGACAAUGGCACAGUCACCAGCCAUGCCAACGUCAAGGUGAAAGGCUACCGUGACCAGACUGACGCGAGUUGGUACACCAGCCAGCUGAGGGGCAGCCAAUCUGGACCCGCCAGUACACCGACACCAAGCAGCACCAUGCGCUCGCGCUUCUCCAGACAAAGACUUCCGACACCAGACGACGACAUUGAAGAUCUGCCGCCAUCGCAUCAGCCCAAGACCAUUGCUCCCAUGGUACCCACGUCUGGCAAGUCAAGUAAGCCUGAGAAGCUAGUCACGCCUCCUAAGACUAGUCCUCUAAUUGCUCCCCAACGAUCGAGAGACGACGUUGCGGGGAUUGACGACGUGCCGUUUGAUUUUCAUGAUGACCUUUACGCUAACCCCACUCCCCUUGCUCAGCAAGCGCAGCCUGGCAAAGAGCGUGAAGAUGUAACAGAGCCGGCACCUGAUGAGCGAGCUGCGGCACCGCCUCGGAACAGGGGGCUGACCGCGGAGGAGCACAAUGCAAUUCUCCUUCGCGACCCCAAGCUCCGCAAGUCUACCGUAGUUGACCCCAACUUCCUUGAGCAGUACUACCGCGAAUCUCGUUUACACCAUCUAUCGACUUGGAAGGCAGAUCUCAAAGCUCAGCUUCAAGCGUUGGCCAGCGAGAAGACCUCAUCCCAGAAAGCCAAACAGAAGCGACCGCUAGGUGCGCGACGCUACAUCCUGCAUGUGGACUUUGACAGCUUCUUCGCUGCCGUCAGCUUGAAAAAGCAUCCCCAAUAUAAAGAUAAGCCAGCAGUGGUAGCACACGGACAGGGCAGUGGCUCUGAGAUCGCAAGCUGCAACUACCCCGCGCGGAAGUUUGGAGUCAAAAACGGCAUGUGGAUGAAGCGAGCUCAAGAGCUUUGUCCAGAUUUGAAGAUCCUACCCUACGACUUUCUCGCGUACGAAGAAGUCAGUCGAGCUUUCUACGAUGCUAUUCUCGCCACAGAUGGUCUUGUUCAGAGUGUUAGUGUUGACGAAGCAUUGGUUGAUGUGUCGAAUCUUUGUAUUGCUACUGGUGGCAGCGAUGGUCGCAAAGUACACGAGGGGAGCAACUACCGCGAGCAGGCCAGGGCGGACGAGAUUGCACAGUCAUUGCGUGAUCAAGUCAAAGCGAAAACGGGGUGCGAUGUUUCGGUUGGCAUCGGUAGUAACAUAUUGCUAGCCAAGGUUGCUCUAAGAAAAGCGAAGCCUGCUGGCCAGUAUCAAAUUAAGCCUGAGGAGGUAUUGGACUUCAUCGGGCAGUUGCAAGUGCAAGAUCUGCCGGGUGUUGCGUGGUCUAUUGGCGGGAAGCUCGAAGAGAUCGGCGUCAAAUUCGUGAAGGAUAUCCGUGAACUUUCGAAAGAAAGAUUAGUGCAGACGCUGGGCCCAAAGACCGGCGAGAAGCUCUUUGAGUAUUCAAGGGGUAUCGACCGUCAAGAAGUGGGUGAGCAGGUCGUUCGCAAGUCUAUAUCCGCCGAAGUAAACUGGGGUGUCCGCUUCGAGAACCAAGAGCAGGCUGAUGAGUUCAUCACAAGUUUGUGUGGGGAGCUGCAGAAACGACUAUUGAAAGAAAAGGUCAAAGGUAAACAGUUCACGAUGAAAGUCAUGCGACGCUCGCCGGAUGCUCCUUUAGAUCCACCAAAACACCUCGGCCACGGGAAAUGCGAUACACACAACAAGAGCCUACUGCUUGGAGUCGCGACUAAUUCGAAAGAGGUGCUUGCGAAGGAGGCGUUGAGCAUUCUACGUGGUUUCAGCUUCACCCCUGGUGAGUUGCGAGGCAUCGGCAUUCAAAUGACGAAGCUCGAGCCCAUGAAGAACGCUACCGACGGCAGCCACGAAAGCUCACAACGGCGACUUCAAUUCAAGGUAGGCAACACAGAGCCUGUCAGGGACCGCGAGGCGCCGAAGGCUGUGGACGAAGACCCGAUUCAAGAUGAGCCGGAGACCCCUAGGAAGCCGAAAGUAGCCUCUGAGGAGGAGCAUGUUGUAUUUGGGGCUCAAGAGCUGAAUCACUUAACCCCGUCUCGCCGCCCGCUGAACACCCUGGGCACGCAAUUCAUCAUGCCCACGCAAGUUGAUCCCAAGGUGCUCGCGGAACUGCCCGAGGACAUCAGAUCAAAGUUGCUACGGCAAACUCGACAGUCAUCUCCGACCCCAGCAGCUCGCAAUGCACAUAGGGUAGAGCGCUUCGGAACGCCGAAGAAGACUUUGCCAUUCACAAUGACAGCCCUUCCGGCACCAUCUCAGCUCGACCCUGAUAUCCUCGCUGCACUUCCACCAGAAGUUCGAGCAGAAGUACUUGCACAGUAUGCUGCUGGCGCAACACCCACCUCUCCGUCUCGACGACCAAGGUACGCUGACCAGACACUACUGCCUCAAUCCCCGCGUAAAAACAGGAUCAUAGGCAUCCCAGCGAAGAAAGCUAUUGUACCAGUCAAGCGCGGUCGUGGACGACCACCCAGGUCUGCGAUGCUGGCUGCGGCUGCGCAAGCAACCACGAUAAGCAAAACAGGAAAAACACUUACGCAAGCGAAUUUCAUCUCCCUCAAGAACCCCGCCCGAGAAGUUGGGAGUAGAGAAGGUUCCGCCGGUCCCAGCAAUCUCAGUGAAGGUGUCGCUGCACCUGCGGGUCCUACGAGAAGGCCAACAGCGAGCGAAGGAGAGCUCGACCCAGAUUUCCUGUCUGCCCUCCCUGAAGAAAUCCGCAAAGAAGUCAUCGAAGAGCACAAGCGCAAAAAACUCCAAGCUUUUCGUCUUGCGGUGACUCGAAAACAGAAAGCAGCCGCGCCAUCCCUUCAACCAACCAGGCCAGCUCAAACGAUCAAAGUUCCUCGUCCGCCUAGGCCAACGUUCACUACGCAGAAACUCUCACGCGAGAAGGAUCUAAGAGGCGCAAUGAGAGAGUGGGUCAGGGAGUUUGGUGAUGAAGGGCCGUAUGGCGAGGAUGUCGCUGCGCUGGUGAAGUAUCUCAAGAAAGUAGUGCUGGAGGAGAGGGACUUGAGCAAGGCAGUUGGGGUGGUGAAGUGGGUGGAUUGGGUUGCUGGCGACGCAGCAGAUGAGGAUGGGCGUUUUGCCCAAAAACAGUGGGACGAAGCUAUGCACACGAUACGAGUAGGCAUUACGGAGGCUGCGAAGGAGAGAGGAUUAGGCGCUGUGUCAUUUGACUGA